UAGCAGAAGCUCCUCAUCUAACUUUAAUUCUGAGCUGCUAAGCCGUUGUUAGGUAAUCAGUGCUUCAAGCUUUAGUGGGUACUUAAAUGUAUUACAUAAUUAGAAGGCUUCACCUAUCGGCAUUCAGCUUGAUAGCUUCAAUAUGAUAGCGUUGAUAAGUCGAGCUCGUCCCGCAGAACUUUAUUUUCACAAAUCCAAAAGACGACGUCAUUCGGCAAAUACGACUGGCUAAUCCGUGUUAACAAACCUCUUAACCCCAAAUCAAACCCUCUAUUGCUCGGCAUUGAAUACCUACCUAUCUACUACCAUGGGCGUCUUCGGUUUCUUCAAUUCCGCUGACGAGAAGCGCAAAGAGGAAGUACGCACUGGUGCGCGUGCGCCAGAUAGAACGGAGCGGCAGCUAUGCUGGGAUGCGCGCGACACAUUCUACAAAUGUCUAGACAAGCACGAUGUUAUCGACUCGCUAAACGGCGACGGCAAGAAAAUUGCUGAGAAGCAAUGUGCGCAGGAGAAUAAGGGUUUCGAACAGAACUGCGCCAGCGCCUGGGUAACUUACUUCAAGCGAUAUCGAGUUGCUGAGCACCAAAAGAAGAAGACACUGGAGAAGUUACAACGAGAGGGUGCGAAUAAGAUGGCAGUCGAAGGAUCUACGAGGACAUAAGGCGAUUGUCCUUGUCUGAUAGAUAUAACUUGUAUUACCUAUCUUGUACAUAAUCCAGAAGCAUUAAAAGAGGAGUUAUGGCUUGGGAAAAGGAUACACAUUGAUAUGCUCCCUUCUGCUGGAUUUCUAUUCAUAUAUAAUAGUCGAGGGCUAGGUUUGCGGCAGCUAACUCGCUCUUUGCCGGUAUGUGAGGCCGCCGAUGACUUUGUAAGAUUUAGCAAUCUCUACAAACAUUAGCUUUCGUCUUAAAUUUACGUCGUCUCGGCUAUGGCAAACGCUUAAGCCAAUCGUGGGGUUAUGC